AUGUUUGUCAACCAUUUGGAGUUUGGAGUUCUUGUUCUUCUCCUCUAUGUCGAUGACAUCAUUUUGACAGGUGAUAAUUCGGCUCAGCUUCAUAAGUUUAUUCACAAGCUCAGCAAUGCUUUUGCUAUGAGUGAUCUUGGAGAUUUACACUAUUUUUUGGGUAUUGAGGCCACCAAGCAUCAGCACAAUCUUCAUCUCACUCAAUCCAAGUACAGUCUUGACCUGCUACAAAAGACUGGAAUGACUGGCUGCAAGCCUUGCUCACCUUUACCAGAUCCACAUGAGUAUCGGCAGAUUGUUGGUGCAUUGCAGUACUUGACCAUUACCCGUCCGGAUCUCUGCUAUGCCGUAAACCAGAUAUCUCAAGACACACUUGGUGCUGGUAUUGUCAUCAAACCAGGAUCCACAAGUCAUAUUCAAGCAUACACAGAUGCUGAUUGGGCUGGCUGCCCUGACACUAGGCGGUCUACAACUGGCUUUUGUGUGUUUCUUGGGAACACAUUGGUCUCUUGGUGCUUGAAGAAGCAGCCUACUGUCUCACGAAGCAGCUCAGAGGCUGAGUACAAGGCUCUUGCCAUUACUACAGCCGAAAUGCUAUGGCUCUCCUAUCUGUUGACUGAUCUCAAGGUUCCCCUACACCUUCCUCUUCUCCUUCAUUGUGAUAACAUCUCAGCAACACACAUGGCUGCAAAUCCAGUUCUCCAUGCAAGAACUAAACAUAUUGAAGUGGAUUACCACUUCGUUCGUGAUUUAGUUCUCAACAACACUUUGAAGGUGCAAUUUGUGAGGUCUCCCUAUCAACUAGCAGAUAUAUUUACCAAGGGUUUAACCUCCACUGUCUUCCACUUUCACAAAUUCAAACUUCUUUGGCUACCACCCAUCAGUUUGCAAGGGGAUGAUAACACACAGAUAGAAUACACAUCAGCACAAUCCCAUUCAUCAUCCACAGCAGCAUCCAGAGCAGCAUAA